GUAUAUAUAGACACACCCACCAUGAUGGAUCGUGUUCUUACGUGGUCAUGAAAGAAUUGAACGUACGUAGCCAGAUUGUUAGCCUGUAUCCUCAACAUCUUUCUUAAUUUGUCCAAAUCGAGUUUGUUAUUGGCUGUCUUUAUGGAUUCGUCAAGGAUUUCCCUUCGCCCCUUUAAGCUCUCCGAUGUUGAUGACUUCCUGAAAUGGGCCAGUGAUGAUAGAGUAACCCGUUAUCUAAGGUGGAACUCCAUUACCUCUAGAGAAGAAGCUUUAGCACAUCUGGAAAAGGUUGCCAUACCCCACCCUUGGCGUCGGUCCAUAUGUCUGGAUGAUCGUUCAAUUGGAUAUAUUUCCAUCUUCCCGGAAUCUAAUGACGAUCGAUGCAGAGCAAACUUUGGAUAUGCAUUGGCUGCUGAGUAUUGGGGACAAGGAAUAGCCACAAUUGCGUCGAAGAUGGCAGUGUCUAGUGUUUUUCAAGAUCUUCCUUAUCUGGUUAGGCUUCAAGCUCUUGUAGAGGUGGAGAAUAGAAGUUCUCAAAGGGUACUGGAAAAGACUGGGUUUGUGAAAGAGGGUCUGUUGAGGAAAUACGGGUAUUGUAAAGGUGAAAUUAGAGAUAUGUUUGUCUAUAGUUUCCUUUCAACAGACUUGGUUUUGUAAUUGAUUGACAGACGGUCCUUAAUAGCGAUCAUAUUAUCCUUUGCUGAA